ACCAGUCUCUGUAACCACAUGUCCCCCCCCAUUGUAAGACCUCCUUGAUUCCUUGAGAGAAAGAGAGAAAGAGAGAGAGGGAGAGAGAUUUAAAGGUUUUUGUGGCCUUUGUUGUUUGCAAGAAGUUACCAUCCUCUCCUGCUUUAUACCUCUCUUCGCUUUUUCUUUUCUUUUCUUCUCUCUCUCUCUCUGGGUGACCUACUUUAUUCCCUUGAACUCAACCCUAAAAAGAAACGAUCCUCCUUGUGUUCAGAAACAACAUCUCUUCACUUUCUCCUUCUCCUCUCAACUCAAAUCCAGAAAGCGAGAAGCCAGAAACCCUCUUUUUCUCUUGUUUCUUCCUGCAUGCCCUUCUUCUGUUCCUAUCUUCGCAUGAAAUCUUGGAACAACACUACUCUUCUCUUCAUUACUUGAUCAUUUAUAUCAUUUAUAUAUAUACACAUACGUAAAAGUCCACGUAUAUAUUUCUUCUUCUCCCGGAGCCACUCGUCUUCUUCUUUCUCUCUCCAAAUAUAUAUACAGGAGUGUAGCAUAUAAGUAGUAUCUAUACAGGGUGAUUUAUAGUCAUGGCUUCUCCUUCAGAACUAAGUUUGGAUUGCAAACCACACAGCUAUUCCAUGCUGCUGAAAUCUUUCGGAGACCAGACGACGGCUGACCACGCACAAAAGCUUGAAGAAUUUCUUUCUCGUCUCGAGGAAGAACGCCUCAAGAUCGAUGCUUUCAAGCGGGAACUCCCUCUUUGCAUGCAACUCCUCACCAACGCUGUGGAGGCAUCAAGGCAGCAACUACAGGCGUACAGAGCAAAUCAAGGUCCAAGACCGGUUCUUGAAGAGUUCAUACCACUCAAGAAUCCUAGCUCUGAAAGCACAGAAAAGUUAAACACCAUCUCUGAUAAGGCAAACUGGAUGACAAGUGCUCAACUAUGGAGCCAAGCUGGAAAUGAAACCAAGCCUCAGCCGACAACCAUAAUAUCAUCAUCACUAUCACCUAAAGAAACUGAUAUAGGCUUCAACGUCAGUCCCAAGCUUGCCUUGGAUACCAAGCAGAGAAAUGGCGGAGCUUUUCUUCCCUUCUCCAAAGAACGAAACUCGUGCCCGACACCAACUCCUGUUCGGGCCGGUCUCCCGGAGUUGGCUCUUGUCUCGAGAGAGAAAGACGGUAUGGAUCAAGAUAGUAAAUUCUCUGAUCAGAUGGGUGAGAGUGGAAUGGUGAGGCGAGAAAGUACAGGGAAAGCUGGAAAUGGUAUUAAUGAACAAGGAAAAGGACCUUGUAAUAAUAAUUCAACGUCAGAAGCACAAGCGGGAAAUAAUACUGCUACUAAUGCUGCUCAAACUCAUCGGAAGGCAAGAAGGUGUUGGUCGCCGGACUUGCACCGGCGAUUUGUCAAUGCCCUGCAGAUGCUCGGUGGUUCCCAAGUGGCAACCCCUAAACAGAUCAGGGAGCUGAUGAAGGUCGAAGGCUUGACCAAUGACGAAGUCAAAAGUCAUCUGCAGAAAUACCGCCUCCACACAAGGCGACCAAGCCCGAGCCCACAAGCCACAGGAGCCCCAGCACCGCAGCUAGUGGUUCUAGGAGGCAUCUGGGUCCCACCAGAGUACGCCACCGCACAUGGCGGAACACCCACUCUCUACGGCACGCACCACCACCCAGCAGCUCCCCACGCGCCAACCCACUUCUGUGCGCCACCUCCCGUCCCUCAAGAAUUCUACUCCUCAACAUCACCGGCUGCAGCUCCACCGCCAGCCCUACACCACCCCACGCUCCACCACCAGCUCCUCAUGUACAAGGCAGCCUCGGCACAGACGCAUAGUUCGCCGGAAUCUGACAUCAGAGGAGCCGCGGACCGGUCGGAGAGCAUUGAAGACGGGAAGUCGGAGAGCAGCAGCUGGAAGGGAGACAGCGGAGGAGAGAAUGGUAACAGCGGGGAUCAGAGAAAGGGAUUAGCCGCGUUGAGAGAAGACGGUGAGGAGAGUAAUGGAAGUGAGAUCACUCUCAAAUUCUAGAGGCUUCGGGAAUCUUUUAGGGUUCAGAUUAGGGUUUUUUUUCCUGGGAGUUGAAUGCUUCCAUGACAGUAAAAAAUUUUUACGUUGGAUAUAAAUAUUUACCAUAUGUAAUUUUAUUCCAUAGAGGGUAACAAAGGGAAUAAAAAACAAAAAGCCGAGCGUUUUGUUACGGUAUGU